CGAUCACCUCCGGUUGUGUUUGUGGCUAGUCGAAGACAGACCCAUCCACAGAACUAACCAGCCAGACUCCUUGUCCAUCAAAGCAGACACGUCCUCCAGGCGAACGGAAGAACAACAGGCUAUAGCCCUCCAACCCCCAAGGACUGACGUCUCCUUGCAAGUUCUGCACAAGCUGUAACGCCCCCCAUGGCUGUGGAGGAGCUGGGCAUCACCCUGUCCAUGGUGGGCCUGGCAGGCACCAUCCUGAUCUGCGCCUUGCCCAUGUGGAAGGUUACAGCGUUCAUCGGCACCCACCUGGUGGUCAUGCAGGUGUUCUGGGAGGGCCUGUGGAUGACCUGUGUGUCUGAAACCACAGGACAGAUGCAGUGUAAAAUCUAUGAUGCUCUUCUAGACCUGUCUCCUGACCUCCAGGCGGCCAGGGGCCUCAUCGUCAUCAGCAUGGUACUGGGAUGCCUGGCAUUCCUCGUCUUCCUUCUGGGGGCUAGGUGUACCAACUGCCUGAGCCAUCCCAAGUUCAAAGCCAGCAUGGUGCAGGCCGCAGGGGUCACCUUUGCCCUGGCUGGGUUAAGCAUCAUAGUGGCUGUGUCCUGGACGGCCCAGUCAAUCAUUAGGGACUUCUAUAACCCGCGGGUCCCUGAGGUGCUGAAGAAAGAGAUGGGGGCGGCCAUCUAUGUGGGCUGGGUGACCUCUGGGUUCCUGUUCUGUGGAGGAGGGGUGUUGUGUACCAGCUGUCCUCCAAGGGGGAGAGAGGGCAGGCAUGGUUCCAGCAGUAGGUACACCCUGGCUAGGAUGCCCACUCACACUCACAGCAGCUACGCCAUAAAGAACUAUGUGUGAGAGGGGAGUGCUUUAUUUGCCUUUUAACUUCAGGCAAAUAGUGUUGGCAGGUGUUGGCACUAUGAAGAGACAUGUCACAGCAAGUUUUUCCAUGACAACAUUGUUAUUUUGUACAUUGAAUGUCCAUGUCUGGUCAUUCGGUGUAUUGUCUGACUUUCAUAGAUUUAGAAUUGCCCUGGAACUAUUUGAUAGCUUGGUGGAAGUUUAAAAAAAAUAAGAUCAUGUUAAUUGAUUCUUGUUACAAAAUAGUCUGACUUAGGUAAUUGUAGCUAUUCAAAUGUUCACUCUAUCACCAUGAAAUAUGUUUACUGAGGAAAUAUCGUUAUUGAAAUAUAAUCACUGAAAAUCAAUAGGCUACUAAUAUUGACAGUACAACUACGUCAACUGAAUGAACCUGAUUGUUUUUAUAUCCCUGUAUUGUAAUUCACAUACUUUCAUUUUUCCCAUCCUAUUCAACUGUGGUUACUACUUAUCGUGUGUUUUUGUAACAAUGUUAAUCACAGUUAAUUUUAUGAUUAUAGAUUAUGCUAAGAGAAUAGAGGCAGUACUUUAGUGGGCAACAAAUCAUAUUCUUUGAAUGGUUUGCGAUUUGAACUUAAUAAAAUAAACAUUUUGAUUAGAAA